AACUUUAUCACUUCGAACCAAUUCUUGCUCUGAGGUACACUUAUCACAAACGAAGCACUCAGUUACCAAGAUUUUGGAACCAGACUUGAACAAGCCCACUGCUUCCAGUGAUCAUCUGUAACGGGAGGAACCAGACUUGAACAAUUGUCGAGCCCGAAGAACUGCAGGUUGGCGGGCUAAUGGAGAAACAGUUGUUUGGAGCCCUUUGUUUGUUGAGGCCCCAAUUACCAAAAUUUUGCAGUAAGUAAGGUUAGGGUUUUUUUUUUUUGAAGGAAACUGUAAGGUUAAGGUUGAGGGAGAGACUCACACAUCAUCCAAUCGCAUCUUAACAGGGCUGACAUAACUCUACAUUAUUCUAUUAUCAAAAAAAAAAAACUCUACAGUAUUCUAGAAGCAGAAAGUCGCACGUGUAUCCUAACAACGUGAGCCAACACAAAUACCCAAUAGCAAACGCAGCCAUAUUCAGUAUUUAAUAACCGGAACCAAAGCAAAUAUCCAAAAAGCAACAGCAGGCAAAUUCACUACUAAGUAAUUCACAGUUCAGCGCUCAGCCGUGAAAGAAUGGGAGUGGAGAAGCAAGUCGUAAGGCCCGGAGGGGGACCCAAACCCGUUCCCGGUCAGACCGUCGCCGUCCACUGUACCGGUUUCGGAAAGAACCGUGAUUUGUCUAAAAAAUUCUGGAGCACCAAGGAUCCAGGGCAGCAGCCGUUUGCUUUCCAGAUUGGCCAGGGGAAAGUUAUCAGAGGAUGGGAUGAAGGUGUACUUGGAAUGCAAGUGGGAGAAGUUGCGCGCUUAACGUGUUCCCCCGACUAUGGUUAUGGUCCUAGUGGUUUCCCAGCAUGGGGCAUUGAGCCUAACUCUGUUCUGGUUUUCGAGAUUGAAGUAUUGGGUGUUCAGUAAUUAGUGGCUCUGAUGCUGCGGGUGGCCGAUGGUAGACAUCUGAUGUAGAGUCCUUCAGCAGUGGGUGUUAGUUAAUUAUAGUUUGUAUUUUUAUCUGAAUAAAAAGGCUUCGAGCUCUUCAGCCUGCCGCCCGAUGUAGAAUGCUUUAGCAGUGGGUGUUACUCUGUAACUGGUGCCGAAAUUGCAGCCUCCUCUCCUCCCUCUCUCUCUCUCUCUCUCUCUCUCAGAUUAAAAAUGGAUAUUAUGGUUUCCUAAUCGCUUUAUAGUAGUACUACAACGUUUUCAUA